AUGGCUAUUACACGUACCCCCGUGGGCCAUGAUGAGGACGGCGACCAGCACGGUCAGUCCCAGUCCCACCCUCCUCACGCACAGCAUCAACACUCGCUCUCUGAUGCCUCGACUGCGACCGUUGAUAUUGAGGCCUGGACCGUCGCCGCCCUCGAAUCGUUGAGAAUUUCGCCCAUUGCGCGGGGCACCGGCAGUGCCCUGGCCAUUCCCCUCGACAGCGACUGCAGUCCCGCGCCCGAGUUCGAGCGCGAUGGCCCCGAAGGGAUGAAGCUGCGCGGUGUCGCAUUCGAAGGCGGCCACACCGACGCUUUCGGCGCAGGCAUUACACCGCCGCGCCGUCCCCCCUCACGACGCGACAGCAUGCGCCGGCGCGAGGCCCUGCUCAAGGGCAAGGAGGGCAGUCGGCAGCGCCGGCGCUGGGAGAACGACCGCCUCCUCCACGUCCCCAACGUCAUGCCCCCGCUUCCGUCAGACUGGCAGAUCCAACCCACCCACCGCGUCCUGCCCCCCGUGCCCUACCAAUUAGCCCAGUACUGGGAUAAAGGCUUGCGUGAGCAGUACAUCCUCAACCAGAGCCGCCGGCACCAUCACCAACACCACCGUCAUCAUCCCAACCACCAGCCCCAGGAAUCAGCCGGGUCCAUGCCUCUUGGUGCCGAGGGCGUCGGCCACGUCCCGCGCGACCUGCGCGCUACGGCCAAGCGCACGCCUGCCGUUAAGGCGUGGCUGCGGGUUCUCGAGGAGCCCGUGCGGGAAUGGGUUAUUGAGCGCGGCUUGGCCGUCGUUGCUGCUACUGCUGCUCCUGCUGGCGCGGAUAAGGCCGGGGAGGGUGGUGAUGGUGGUGAGGGCGAGAUUGAUGAUGAGACGGACUCGGAUGACGAGGAGAUUGUGUUUGUGGGACGGAACGGGCGGAUGAUGGACGGCAAGCCUUGGAAGAAGGCGCAGCGGGUGGUGUCUGGUGGGGAGGUGAUGGACAGGGGGCUGGUGUUGGAGAUGGAGGAGGGGGGUGGAGGGGCGUUGAAACGCUGGCUCACUCAUUCCAUCUCGGACUACUACGGCCUCGAAUCCAAAUCCGCCAUGGUCGGCAAUCCGGCGCGAUGCGUCGUCUUUGUAGGGGUCAAGCAGAAGCAGAAGCAGCCGGGCCCGCGGCAUAAGCCCCCCUGCCGGCCUGUGCUGCCGCCACCGUUGUGGGAGAUGUUCUAA